AUGGCCUCUCUCAAGGAACAACUCGCCAUUUUGGUUGAGAACUACACAGCUUGUGAUAUAUCAGAUGCCCUUUUGAAACUACAGAAAGUUCCAGCUGGGACUGCACCACGAGCUGGAUACCUGGCUGAUCUCAGUGAGUUAUCAAUAGCCCCUUUUCUAUCAUGCAACGACAUGACGACAAGAUUUUCCAUGAACACAAAGUUUUGCAUGCUAAUAUUCCCAACAGCACCAUUCUCCCCGAUAGCCGGAAGAAAUGACACAGCGCGGAAGAUCGCCGCACCAGCUACAACCUUCAAGUUCCUCAACAAGAGCGAUAGUCCACCUGCUAUUGCAGUUGAGAACCCUGAGAAGCACGGUUUCCCACCUGGCAAGCACUGGGUAGAUUACGUAGGCGAUUUUCAAGAUGCAGACCCAGCCAAGGCUGGCUCGAUCAUUGUUAUCGAACAACCAGAUGAGCAGUACUGUGCUGUUACUGGUGGUAUCAUGGCUACUCGGAUGAAGUAUUUGGGUAUCAAGGCUGCUGUAGUGGGUGGCAGAAUACGUGAUCUGAGGGAGCUGCAGGGUACAGAACUCCCGAUAUGGGCUCGUGCAACUUCGACUGUUGGCACAGGCGCUGAGGCUAAAGCUGGCGUGCGUAACGUGCCAAUCUCCAUAGGAGGAAUCACCGUAUCACCAGGAGAUAUUAUUUUUUGUGACCCAAUGGAAGGAGUGGUGGCUAUUCCACGGGAUCUACUUGAUGCUGUUCUUGAGACUAUGCCCAAGUUGAUCAAUAUGGAUGAACAGGCAAGAGAAGCUGUAGCACAAGGGAUGAGUGUGACUGAGGCAUUCCAGAAGUUCAGAUAA